GUUUCGACAAGAAUUUAAUUGUCGUUUGAUGGGAUAGCCAAGGCAAGGGAAUAUCGUUGAGAGGAAGAACGAGAAUUCAGAGGAUUCAGAGCUCUAGCCAUGAAAGAUUACGAGAUUGAAGAAAAGAAGCAAGCUGCUGCAGAUGUGCUGUUUCAAUAUUCAAAAUUUGCUCUGGCAUGUAUUGGGAAUCAGGCUCGGCCUUGCGACUUAAGGUUGCAUUUGAUGAAGGAAAUCUCGGGUUUGCCGACUUCCUUGAAAAAGGCCUCAUCCCAAGCAGCCGCCUCUCCUGAUGUGAUGGGAGAAUCUUCGAGCUCAGGGACUGCAAGACUUGAUAAGGCAGACAGUUUUAGAGCACUCUAAGAAAACAUUAUAAUCGUGCGUUGAUUGACUCCUGCUUCAUAUAUUUUGUGCAUAACAUAUUUAAUAUUGCGUUAAAGGCUCUUCAACCCACUUUGGAAGAUUGUUAUCCUGGAGCAUAAAUAUUAGAUGAUACAAAUAAUUAGCAUUCAUGUUUUGCUAUGUGAUUCCAGCCAUGUUACGAUUAACGUAUUUAUUCCAACGAACGUAUCUGCAACAUUUUAAAAGUGAGUUUUGGUGUAUGGGACUUGUAUAUAUGCAGGAUCACUCCUGUGUUUUCAAGUUACGGUAUGAUUGGUUUGGCAAUACAAAUACAUGGUUCUGAUA